AGCAGAACUCUCUCCUCUCUCUAUAAUCUAUAUAUGAUUCAUUCGUGAACGUUUAAUCUAAUUCUGGUGAUCAAUGGAGAAGAAGGGAAAGACUGGAAUGGAAAAUGAAGGUGUGAUCGACACGUGGCUUAGAAAACACCGUUUGCUAUACGUUGGUGCCACUAAACACCCUUUCAUUCUCAGCAUUAGUGAUGGCACCAUUGAUAUCUCCUCUUUCAAAACAUGGCUGGGACAGGAUUACAUCUUUGUUAGAGCUUUUGUUCCUUUUGUAGCGAGUUUGAUUGUGAAAGCUUGGAAGGAGAGUGAUGAUAGGAGUGAUAUGGAGGUCAUAUUGGGUGGUAUGGCUGCUUUGAAUGAUGAACUUGAAUGGUUUAAGAAAGAGGCCUUUAAGUGGGGUGUUCAACUCUCUCACCCACUUCUUCCCCACAAACCAAAUCAGGAAUAUUGCAGAUUUUUGGAGAGUUUAAUGAGCGUGGAGGCCAAUUAUACAGUGGCAAUAACUGCAUUUUGGGCCAUUGAAGCUGUGUACCAAGAGAGCUUUGCGUUGUGUUUGGGAGAUGAGUCAAGAACCCCACCUGAACUGAAAGAGACUUGCCAAAGGUGGGGCAGUGAAGCCUUUGGUAAGUACUGUUCUUCUCUCAAACACAUCGCCAACCGGCGUUUGAAACAGGCUUCGGAUGAUGAGCUCAAGAAAGCUGAAGUAGCACUCUUGACUGUUCUUGAGCAUGAAGUUGAAUUCUGGAACAUGAGCCGUAGUGGUUCUUGAACACAGAAGAGAAGAGAAGAGAAGAGAACACCCCAUCUUUUUGAUCUUAAACAACAAUGGAACUGAACUUAGUUGUGUUAGAGUUGAAUUGGUUUGAACAGUAUGAGCAUCUUAUUAUGUGUAAUGUAAUGUAGUAGUGUUGUUUGUUUCUGUUAUAGUUAAGCCUCUGUGUCUCUGAAUACAGUAACCGAUGGAAUGUCGUUUUGGUUACCAAUUGUGAGUAAAACGACUUGUCGUGUGUAUUUUGAACCGUACAGUAUUAUAUAUGUCUCCCUGGGCUCGUUUGGUACGCCGUAUUAGGUCGUAUUGUAUUGUAUUGUAUUAUAUUGAAUUGUAUUUUAUGCAAUAUUUUUAUGUAAAA